UGUCGCCGUGUCGAAGUCCUCUGUAUUUUUUUACACGACCGAUUUUACACGGUGGAAUUGCGAUCACACUCUGUUUAGUUUUAUAUGCUGGUUGAGUAGUCGGAGCUCAACAGCCACGGUGAAAUGAAAGAAGAAAGGUGAGUUCUUUUUUUUUUUCCGGAUUUAGCUACGCGGCAAGGUUACUCUUCGCUUAUUGGGCGUCGACGGCGCGAUCCGGUCACCGGCGUGCGCUAGUCGCUUUGCCAGUUUGCCUAUGUGGAAGCAAACCAUUCGGCGUUCACAUCAGCGCUAAUCUUUUCCCCCCGAAUUGAUUAGCUUUUCUUGACUUGUCCGCCGCAAGAAAAAGCCGAAAUUUAGUGCGGAGACCGGAGCCUCCACGGAAUCCUGCUCUGUUUUUUCCCCCCAUGGUCCAUGGAUUCCUCGCGCUGAGCUGAGCGCCGAGGCCCGUCUGAUGAGCGCGGCCUCGCCGGCGGCGCGGCGGCGAUGGACCUCCCGUGGCUGGACCUGCCCUUCACCUUCCUCACGCUGCUCCUCGCCACGCGCCUCGCCUACGACUACUACGGCGACGUCGCCGCGGCCUUCGCCGGCGGCUUCUCCAUCCAGGUCUUCCUCUUCUACUGCUUCGCGCGCUGGUACCGCCAUGCCAUCGAGGGGCGCGCCGCCGCGGGGGGCCGCGACGAUCCGUCGCCGUCGAACCGGCAGGUGGGCGCGGACGCGGAGGCCCCGCCCGUCCUGACCCCGCUGCUGGGCGCGCCCGGCGGCGUGCGCGCGUCGGCGCUGGCCAGCCGGUGCUUCGCCGUGGUGUUCAUGGUGUUCGUGCCGCUUCUCAUCGUCGUCUUCGAGCGCAGCCAGGCGGACGUCGUCGCCUACGCGCUCUGCCUCGCCAACAUCAUCGUCAUGGUCGUCUGGCUGUCGCCGGACUCCGGGCCCACGGCCGCCGCCGCCAAGUCGCUCCUGCGGCUCAGCGACGACGAGGACGACGGCAGCACGGGAAGCGCCGGCGCCGGUGCCGACAAGUGCUGCGUCUGCCUCGCCGGCAUGCGGGAGGACCAGGCGCUCCGGGAGCUGCCGCGCUGCGGCCACAGCUUCCACGACAAGUGCAUCGGCAAGUGGCUCAAGGCGCACCCGACGUGCCCGGUCUGCCGGGCCACGGCCGUGCCGCCGCCGCAGGACGGCGGCGGCGGCGACCCGCUCGACGACGACAUUAGCCCCGUCUAGCGCUCUAGCUUUCGUUCCCCAUGAUUGAUUGGUGCAUCUCGUCUGACAAAUUCGUGGUGGUUUGUUGGGAAAUUCGCUGAACCUGUGUAUAGUUAUCAUCGAAAUCGCUGUCAGGCAUCGAUUGGAAUUGUUAGCAGUGCAGUGAUGUGUAAAUACACUCGCGUUUGUGCACUUUGGAGAAAGGAAAAAAAGCAAAGCCUUGUUUGCUUCAUGAAAGGCGCAAUCAUUGAACAUUGUAUUCUGAAAAGAUGAGGAAAGAUGACGGGUUUCUUGGUAGUGGUUGAUGGAUUAAAAAAAUGUCAA